AUGGCCCACCAAGGCUCGGCUGAUGCAAUGACCUUUGACGACGGUUAUGGAACCACCACGGGCUCAUCGGGCCACAACGACGACCUCAGGAUGGAGAUACCCUCGCGUGCCUGCGAUGCUUGCCGCAAGAUGAAGAUCCGCUGUAUUGACAAGGAGAACCCACCAUGCAAGCGCUGCAGGCACAUGAAGCUCCAGUGUCGCUUUGCCAUGGCACCCGUCCCGCGCGUCGUUCUCGAGGAACAAGAGGCGACUAAGAGCCGCCUAGAGCUGCUCGAAGGUCACGUCACGGGCAUCUUUGAGAAGCUUGACGAGAUGAGCAAUGUGCUCUUCCGUCUCGCUCGUCCCCGUCCCGCACCUGGCACGCCGUCAACAACAGAAGGCCAGCUCGAUACCGUCUCGCCCCGUACAGCCAUGUCAGCUGCGUCUGUAUCGGGCUACGUGCGAGACAGCCAGUCCAUUGGCGUCCUCACAACACCUGGCGACCAGCUGCCGCCUCCUCAGCGCCCAAUGUCCGCUCCCUCUGUCCAGGACCGGCCGCGGCUUCGCGAUUACCCGGCGCCGAUGUCUGUCAUCUCUGCCCACUCGGUUCACUCGGUACCGCCGGCGAUCGCUUCCUCGACUGGUUCGAUCGGCACGCCUUGGUCUCGUCCAGACGACAUGGGUGUCCCCCUCCACGAGCCCGUCCCCUCACAUAUCCACGCGACCGUGAUGCCUUCCCUAAUGCCCAACCCAGCGGCAGAGGCGGUAGCCGCCGCGACCGGGGUCGGCGCCUUUGAUGGCCACCGGCCCAAUGGUUUCCCGUCACACAUCGUGCGCAGCAUGUCGCCAUCGACAAUGAGCGAGGAUGAUGCUCUCGAGUCCGCUAUGGAGGGCGAGCCCUUCCGUCACUUUACGCAGCGCGAGGAGGAACUGCACUUUAUGGAUCAGGGGUUCCACCUGGGCAUUGCGGCCAAGAAACGUGAAGGAAGCAAGACAAGUCGAGACACGAAGCGGCGCCGUACUGAGGGUCCUGAUGGAGUCGCCCACGACGUCGAGUGGAUCCCAUCCCCUAUUCGCGAAAAGGGUGACCCCAUCCGCGACUCGUCUGACCCCAUCUCCAUGGGAUACCUGUCAGUCGACGAAGGCCAGCGUCUCUUCCAGGCCUUUUUCAAGUAUGCACACCCGUUCGUGCCAGUCUUUGAUCCUAGGGAGGACACGUGGGAAAGCCUUCGCAGGCGGUCGCCCUUCUGCAUUGCUGUCAUUCUCCUUGUUGCUCUUCGCCAGCGCGAAGCAACGGGUCCGCCGUCGGAACUCUCACGGUGCAUCCAGGAGCAGGUCGAGCGAAUGGCCAAGAUCACCUUGUUUUCCCCUCUAGCCACACUCGAAACCGUACAGGGCCUCGCUGUACUGAUCUCAUAUUCGGAACACGCGUGGCGCACCUGCUGUCACGCCAUGGCCCUCGCUGUGGAUAUGCGUCUGUACCGCUGCCUCCCCUACCUUCACAAGAUCAAGUGUGACGCCCGCCAACCCCAUCACAUGCUUGAACGUCAGCGUCCACUCGUCGUUGGCGCUCGUCUUUGGCUGGCGCUUGUUCGCCUGGCUUAUGAAAUCUCAUACAACCAUGCCCUCCCGAUUCUUUUCCCAUCGCAAGGUGGAAAGCGUACCCAGUACGCGCGCGAGUUGCUCGACCACCCACUCUCGACGCUCUACGACACGCGUCUGGUGAUCUCCACGGAGAUGUGCGAGAUUCGCGAACCGGCCUUCCGUCCCUACGAGUCGGUCGCAUCGCUUGACCAGGUCGAGAUGGACGAGACCCUCAGGCGCGCCAACCAGGGUAUCCACGAACUGUACGAGUACUGGUACGACUAUUACGAGUCCAAGGGCGUCCCUCGCGAACAUUUCCUUAGGAUUGAAUUGGACAACCAAAAGUCCUACGCUAUUAUGUUUGGCAACUCAUUGGCAUGGUACGGCGUACAGACCAAGGACGACGUGAAGCGUCUGUCGCCGGACCGUCAGCUCUGGGUGACAGCGGCGAUGCGCAGUGCUGCAUUCCUUGUCUCCUCAGUGGCCAACAAGCGCCUGGAGAAGGACUCGGAGUUUGGCAACCACAACUUCCAUGUGGGCAUUGUCGCCACCGCUCGCUACCUCAUUCGCAUGUGCGAGCUGCUCCCCGACGCCAGCGACCUGUUUACCAUCAGCCUCGACAUUGACCGUCUCCUGAUCAAGCUACCCUAUUAUCCGGUGCGGCCAUUUGCCGACGGACUCAGGAGGACUGUCGCACGCGCACGGGAGCAGGGCAUCCUACCAUACACACGCAUGAGCGAGCAGGCCUCGCGUGCGCCUGUCCCGUCGCCACCUUCCGCGCCAGAAGUUGUCGCCGAGGCUGUCAACCAGUUCCCGGGGUUCAACCCGUUCCCUUGGAACGACCCGGUGCAGACCAUUAACUCUCUUGCACCAGGACCUGGCGGCAUGCUUGCUACUGCUUCUGUUCCGGAUAGCAACAACAUCGGCUCCCUGCUGGUGCCUGGGUUGUGGACCGACGAAUUCAACUUGGCAGCCUGGUUCCCGCAGAACGAUGAUUCGGCUGCGGCUGGAAACCUCGAUAUCAGUGCUCUGGACGUCGACAUGGCCAACUGGUUCCCGGCUGCCCCACAGGUGUGGCACCAGCAAGGGUGA